AUGAGUGAUAAUUCCGAGAAAUCUUCGGAGAAGCGUAGUCGCAAUAGCCCGAGUGAUAAGGCCGAGAGUAUACACGAUUCCUCUUCUGGUCAUAGUCAAAAUGAUUGCAAUUCAGCAGAGGAUUCUGUGGAUCACGAAGACCCCGGGGCUAUUUUAGAAGAAUUACCCAAAAUUGCAUCUGAGAUUGUCGAGGAACCGAUGGACAUAGAGGUAGGAAUAUCAUCGUUAGUAGAUACGCCGAAAGAACAUUGCGAAAAGUCGAUUGAGAUAAUGGAGGAGGAUGUACCCGCACCGUCGUCACGUAGCCUCUCGGUCAAUGACUUGAGUGAUGACAUUCGAGAUAAACUCUCGAAAUACAACUUUGACGAUCCUAAUUUGGAUAAAGAGGUCAAGGCGGCUCUGUAUGAGGAAGGAUUAAAUGAAUUAAAGAAUGUCUGGAAGGAGUACCGAGAGAUCAAGAAGGACAUGAAGAAACUCGAAAAUGAAUUACGACUCAGAAAAUUGGCGAAAUUAAGAGGAACCAGUGUGGCAUCCAUUCGAGACGAAGAUGCUGAAAUGAAUAACGGAUGCGGUGACAGUGAAGAAUAUAGUGAUUACGAAAAUCACAUU